CCGGCGCACGGCCGUCCGCGGGGCGGGGACGCGGUAGCGGUGGCGGCGGCUCCGUAAAGCCCGAGCCUGAGAGCGCAGGCCCGUCCCGGCGGUCUGGGGGCCGGGCCGGGCGGGGCGGGGGCGCCAUGUGGUUCAUGUACGUGCUGAGCUGGCUGUCGCUCCUCAUCCAGGUGUCCUUCAUCACGCUGGCCGUCGCGGCUGGACUGUAUUACCUGGCGGAACUGAUAGAAGAGUACACAGUGGCCACCAGCAGGAUCAUAAAAUACAUGAUCUGGUUCUCCACAGCUGUGCUGAUUGGCCUCUACGUUUUUGAGCGCUUCCCCACCUGCAUGAUUGGCGUGGGCCUCUUCACCAACCUCGUCUACUUUGGCCUCCUCCAGACCUUCCCCUUCAUCAUGCUGACCUCGCCUAACUUCAUCCUGUCAUGCGGGCUAGUGGUGGUGAAUCAUUACCUAGCAUUUCAGUUUUUUGCGGAAGAAUAUUAUCCUUUCUCAGAGGUCCUGGCCUAUUUCACUUUCUGUCUGUGGAUAAUCCCGUUUGCGUUCUUUGUGUCACUGUCGGCUGGGGAGAACGUCCUGCCCUCUACCAUGCAGCCAGGAGAUGACGUGGUCUCCAAUUACUUCACCAAAGGCAAGCGGGGCAAACGCUUAGGGAUCCUGGUUGUCUUCUCCUUCAUCAAAGAGGCCAUUCUACCCAGUCGUCAGAAGAUAUAUUGACUCCCUUGGGGAGGGGAUGCGGGGGCGAGAUCGGGAGAGUCAGGCCCCUGGGCCUCUGUACUAGGUGGGGGCCGUGAGCCUGGAAGGCUUCCUUCAACUCUCCUUGAAGCCCCCAUCCCUACCUUCCUUGGGAGGCUCAGAUCUGACGCCACUAGAGGCUGUGACCUCAGAGGACACCAAGGAGGUUGCAGAGCCUGCCUAACCGGGGGGCUGUGGUCCUCCUGGUUGUGUGGAAGCUGGGCUCCCUGUCGUCCUCCCCACCCCCUUCCAUGCUAGGUCAGGUGGUUCUGGCUGAGCUGGGGCAGGCAGGGCAUGGGCCAUGAAGCUGGAGAGCAGCCAGUGAUAGAUUCUUUGGGCAGAUGGCCAUGGGGCAGGGCCAUGGCUUGGCACUUCCAAGAGAACGAGUUUUUGCUGUUGAACUGUGAUUUCUGUCCAAGCCUGAUUCCUGUUUGAAUAAAGAUCCUAGGGGGCACUGUUUGCCUUAAUACCCUAAAAGUUCAUCUUCUUUUCUUUCCGUUGACCUUCUGCCCUGGACUGGAUGGGCUUUUCUGUUCCAGGCGUUCCUUUGCUGGGAUUGGGUCUUGCCUUUAUGAAGGGACUGUUCUUGUGGCCCUUAGUGGGAAGAGGGCAGGGAGCUGAGCCUGGUCAGGGGAUGGGGAAUGGCGGGGGGAGGUGCCUUCCUCAUGCCACUCCCUCUUCUUUCAUCUCUUCUAUCCCCAAGGCUCCAAGCUGGGGACACAGAGCGGACAGUUUGGGACGGGUUCAAUUUUCAGAGCAACAUCUACAAUACCCUAUUUAGAAGUUCCCCUGGGGAAAAGGAGUGGUUUCUGGCCGAAUUCUAUGUCAGGCUCAAGGAGAAACAAAGUAAAACUUGGCUUAUAGGCACCCUGGGCUAUGGCCUGAUUUUUAAGAAAUGGGACUGGCGGGAGAAGCUCUUUGUCACUCUAAGAA